GUCAUGGUAACAACGGCGCUUUAUUUACUUUUCGCCACUAUCAAACACGCGCUUCAUCUGUUUGGAAAUUUACAGACGGAGUAAACCAUCGAAAUAACACGCAUUAUGACUUUUAUUAAAGCGCUGCUGAGUGUAAAAGUAAAGUCAGUUUGUAAGCAGUGAGUUAGUGAGGAAAUGGACUGCAGUGGACUGGAGAAAAUAACAACCUCAAAGUUUCUCAAUACAAUAACCGAGAUUUUUGAAGAUAUUAGAGAAGAGUUGACGCAAUCAGCAGAGAGCAGUGCUGAAUCAGUGGAGAAGACAGUGACUCUGCUUAAGGAGAAAUCAGAAAGAGGAGAUUCUCAAGCCGCCUUCCUGCUGGGACAGCUCCACUAUGAGGAGGGCCGCUACGCAGAAGCAGAGAUCAUCUUUGAUGGCAUUAAAGAUGAAGAUCCUCGAGCUCUCUAUCAGCUGGCUGUCAUUUAUUACGAUGGCCUUGGAAACAAAGAAGACCUUGUGAGGACCUUCUUGCUAUUCAUAUCUCUCAGAUCCACAGGCAAAGCAAUUGAGUACAUGAGAAGAGUUGCAUUCUGGGAUUCCUCUGAGGUGGGCUCUGUCAGACACGCGGCGCUGUAUAAUCUGGGCCGGGCGUAUCUGGAGGGUUAUGGUGUCCAGGCGUCCAGCGCUGAAGCAGAGCGGCUUUGGCUCCUGGCAGCUGAUGAUGGGAACCCGAACGCUAGUGUGGAAGCGCAGUCGUCUCUGGGCAUGUUCUACUGCAGACCGGAGAGCCUCGACCUCAGAAAGGCGUUCUCGUGGCACUCGGAGGCGUGUGGGAACGGCAGUCUGGAGUCUCAGGGCGCUCUGGGCGUCAUGUAUCUGUACGGUCACGGAGUGCAGAAGGACCCAGACGCGGCUCUGUUCUGCCUGAAGGAUGCGGCGGAGAGAGGGAACGUCUACGCUCAAGGCCACCUGACGGCCUGCUACUACCACCGCAAGCUCUACUCCAGAGCAGCCGCCCUGGGAGAAAGAGUGUGCACAUACGAGGACAUCAGUGCCAUAGCGCGGCACACGGGCUGUCUGGAGGAGUUCAUCAGGAAGGGCAUCGCUAUAGCCAUGUUUUACUACGCCCGCUGCCUUCAUCUGGGCCGGGGCGUCCUGCAGAACAGAGACAGAGCAAAAAGCUACUUCGCACAGGCUGCCAGGAUCGAUCCGGAGAUCUGUCAGGAGUUACAAAUGGAUGUCGUACACGGCAGGAUAUGAAUCACACGUGCAACAAUAAUCACUCAUUUAAUCUCACUGAAAGCAAAACCCCCAGAAGAAAACAAAAGAGAGAAAAGCGGAAUAUGACAGCUGGCAGUGGACCGGGCCUGUUCCUCCAAAAACACAAGAACAGAUUAAAACACAAACAUAUAUUCAUGUCGCUCAAGAAG